GAAGACGGCACAAGAAAAGAUCUCAUAGUCGAUCAAGAGACCGUGCUUUAAGAAGGUCAAGGUCAAGAAGUAGAGGUCGGAGGUCAAGAAGCAGGGAUAGAAAGAGAUCUAGGUCGUGGAGUCCAGAGAGAAACAGAGACAGAUACAGGUCAAGAAGUAGAGACAGACAUACCAGGAGAAGAUCCAGGUCAAAUUCCAGAAGCAGAGGUCGGAGGUCAAGGUCUGAUUCCAGAAGUAGAGGUCGGAGGUCAAGGUCAGAUUCACGAGGUAGAAGUCGCAGAUCAAGGUCAAGAAGCAGAGGAAGGAGAUCAAGAUCUCCCGACAAGAAGAAAAGCAGAUCACGGAGAGAGAGCCCAGCUCCCAAAGACAUCCAGGCAGAUAUUCGAGAACAGAUACCUGGAUUUGAUGACAUGACUCCAGGAGAACAGGCUAGUGCCAGGAUGAGAUUGGCACUGAAGGCCGCAGCUGCAGCUGAUGAGAAGAUCCGUGAACAGCUGCAGGAAUCGGGAGUGGAGGACACAAUCAGCUUCAACAAAGCUGUUGCCAACAUCGAGGCCGACAAAUUCAAACCAGCACCUUUCAAGUCAAACAAGGGAGAUAAGAUAAAGACGGAGGCUGCAGAUGAUGGCUACACGACACACGAAAAGGCAAUGUUUGGAUCUGGCAAGGUCAACAUCAAGUUGGAUCCAGUCAAACCGGUUUACGUUGAGCCCGAUUCAUAUGCUCACGCUAAUUUGCAUGGAGAUCCUGAGGAAAAGAUGCAGAGGUGGUUACAGAAGCUGAGUGCGAUGAGGAAGAAGAAGCUGGAAGGGGAAGCGCUGUGAUGGUGAACAAGAUGGCGUCUGGUACAGGCAACUCAAUGACCCAAGGGAUCACAUGGAAAAAUUUAGGGGCACAGAAAAUAUUUGUUACAUAGCCCUGUCUGUGCAUCAUCAUCAUCAUCAUCAUUAGUUCCAGGCAGGAUUUCAUUUUGGACAGAUACCUUGAAUAGAAAGGUUCAAAGUAUAAGGGAUUGUGUGGCCAAGAUGGAGGAUCAAUAUGUAUAAGAAGUGAUGACUCAGAUAGUAGAUGCAUGGCUGCAGCCAGGAUUUCCUUGGACUGGGCCAGUUGGCCCCUACCUUUAGAAAAUGUGGGCCACUAAACAAAAGUGACAACACUAUGAUAAACUAUCAAGUUGAGCUCCGUACAGCGAAACUGGCUCCAUACAAGGUUCUUGAGGGGCAUAUAGAAGUUGGUAUUCAAGUACAUGUAUAAGACAACAUAUUAUGGAUGUCAACUUCUUCUUUAUUGUAUACACGUUUCUGGGCUAUUCCUUGCCCCUUCAUUACCUUCAUCUUACACAUGCUCCUUACAGGGGCAUAUGCAAAUAGACAUACAAGCAAUAUGCAGAGCUUAGGAAGCCUCAUUUUGACUUCUGGAAGUUUCAAUAUUUUGAUUUUGAUCUCCAAGUGUUUGACAUCGCUUCCAAUGAAAAUUCUUCUUUUUUUCAAAUGAAGUAUGCACCCGAUAUGUAAAAAUGUGGUAUAAACUAUAAAUUUGAGCCAUUAUUGGUGCAUACAUAUAUUAAUAAAGCGCCAAGAUAAGUACAAUUUGCAGGAAUCCCGCGAUUACGCAGUCUGGCGUCAGCACUGUAGAUGUCUGAAAUAUGUUGUUUUGAAAAGCAAAAACACCGUCAUGUAAUUAUAACAUCUUUUACAAAUAAAUCUCACUGCUGUUUA